AUGGCUGAAGGCACGUUGCAGCUGCUCUCUGAGGGAGACCCUCUCUGCUGCCUCCUCCUCUCCCCAGGGGAGCUGCCCACACCACAGGAGACAACCAUAGAGCUGAGCUGCGCUGCGGGGCCAUUGCAAGUGAUCCUGGGCCCAGACCAGGCCGCCAUAUUGGACUGUAGCCUGGGGACUGCCGCCACUGGACCCGCCAACAAGGUGACCUGGAGCAAGGAUGGGCACACCGUCAUGGAACACGACCACCUACGCCUGCUCCCCAACGGCUCCCUGUGGCUGUCCUGGUCUUUGGCAAUGGCUGAUAGAGAUGAAGAAGCAGCUGGGGAGUUCAGCGCCAUUGAAGGCAGUUAUUCCUGCCUGGUCCAUGGCCCUCUCGGAGUGAUUGCUAGCCAGGCUGCAGUGGUCAAGCUUGCCACACUGGAAGAUUUUUCUCUACACCCGGAGUUUCAGACGGUGGAAGAGAAUGGGACAGCUCGGUUCCAGUGCCACGCUGAGGGGCUGCCGGCACCUGUUAUUACCUGGGAGAAGGAUCAGGUGACAUUGCCUGAAGAGCCUCGGCUCAUCACUCUUCCCAAUGGCGUCCUCCAGAUCCUGGGUGUUCAGCAGAGUGACACGGGCUCCUACCGCUGUGUGGCCACCAACGCAGCCCGCCAGCGUUUCAGCCUUGAGGCCCCACUCAGUGUGGUCCACAGAGGUUCCCUGACGGCCACCAGGGGGCAGGAUGUGGUCAUCGUGGCAGCCCCGGAGAACACCACUGUGGUGUCUGGGCAGAGCGUGGUAAUGGAAUGUGUGGCUUCUGCCGACCCCACUCCUUUUGUGUCCUGGGUCCGACAAGCGCCGCUGAGCAGCUCCGCCGUGCUGGUGGCUUGGGAGAGGCCCGAGCUGCACAGCGAGCAGAUCAUCGGCUUCUCCCUUCACUACCAGAAGGCACGGGGCUUGGACAAUGUGGAAUACCAGUUUGCACUGAACAACGACACCACAGAACUUCAGGUUCGGGAUCUGGAACCUAACACGGAUUAUGAGUUCUACGUGGUGGCCUACUCUCAGCUGGGGGCCAGCCGCACCUCUGCCCCUGCACUGGUCCAUACCCUGGAUGAUGUCCCCAGCGCAGCGCCUCAGCUAGCCCUGUCCAGCCCCAACCCCUCGGACAUCAGGGUGGCGUGGCUGCCCCUGCCCCCCAACCUGAGCAAUGGGCAGGUGGUGAAGUACAAGAUAGAGUACGGUUUGGGAAAGGAAGAUCAAGUUUUCUCCACCGAGGUGCCAGGGAACGAGACGCAGCUCACGUUAAGCCUGCUACAGCCAAACAAAGUGUACCGUGUACGGAUAUCAGCUGGCACCGUGGCAGGCUACGGGGCUCCUUCCCAGUGGGUGCAGCACAGGACUCCAGGAGCGCACAACCAGAGCCAAGACCUGCCCAUCCCGCGGGGGCCGCCCCUGCCCCCCGCCCACGUGCACGCAGAAUCCAACAGCUCCACUUCCAUCUGGCUGCGCUGGAAGAAACCAGAUUUCACCACCGUCAAGAUUGUCAACUACACCGUGCGCUUUAGCCCCUGGGGGCUUCGGAAUGCCUCUCUGGUCACCUACUACACCAGUGCUGGAGAAGACAUUCUCAUUGGAGGGCUGAAGCCGUUCACCAAGUAUGAAUUUGCGGUGCAGUCCCAUGGCGUGGAUAUGGAUGGGCCUUUUGGCUCCGUGGUAGAGCGCUCCACCCUACCUGACCGACCCUCGACACCGCCAUCUGACCUGCGCCUGAGUCCGCUGACACCGUCCACUGUCCGGCUUCACUGGUGUCCUCCCACAGAGCCCAACGGUGAGAUCGUGGAGUAUCUGAUCCUCUACAGCAACAACCAUACCCAGCCUGAGCACCAGUGGACACUGCUCACCACAGAGGGAAAUAUCUUCAGCGCUGAGGUACACGGCCUGGAGAGCGACACGAGGUAUUUCUUCAAGAUGGGGGCGCGCACAGAAGUAGGACCCGGGCCCUUCUCCCAUUUGCAGGAUGUCAUCACGCUCCAGGAGAGGCUCUCAGACUCCCUGGACGUGCACUCAGUCACCGGCAUCAUCGUGGGCGUCUGCCUGGGCCUCCUGUGCCUUCUGGCCUGCAUGUGUGCUGGCCUGCGACGCAGCCCCCACAGGGAAGCCCUCCCUGGCCUGAACUCCACGUCCACCACUGGGAACCCAGCCCUCUACUCCAGAGCCCGGCUUGGUCCCCCCAGUCUCCCCGCUGCCCAUGAACUGGAGUCCCUUGUCCACCCUCGCCCUCAGGACUGGUCCCCACCACCCUCCGACAUGGAGGACAAGGCUGAAGUGCACAGCCUUAUGGGUGGUGGCCUUUCUGACUGCCCAGGCCACUCUAAGAGGAAGAUCUCCUGGGCUCAGCCAAGUGGGCCCAACUGGGCAGGUUCCUGGGCAGGCUGUGAACUGCCCCAGGCUGGCCCCAGGCCUGCUCUGACCCGCGCUCUGCUGCCCCCUGCUGGAACUGGACAGACACUGCUGCUGCAGGCUCUUGUGUAUGAUGCCAUCAAGGGCACCGGGAGGAAGAAAACCCCGCCAGCCUGCAGGAAUCAGGUGGAGGCUGAGGUCAUUGUCCAUUCUGACUUCAGUGCAUCCAAAGGAAGCCCUGACCUCCAUCUCCAAGACCUGGAAUCAGAGGAUGCCCUGCCUUCAGAGGCCCCUGCGCUCACUUCCAGUGUUGCCGAUCUUGGGCAAGGAGCUGAUUGGCUGGACCGAGAGCUGGGCGGGUUCGAGCAGGCAGCCACUGGGCCAGACAGACUUAGCUGCCUGCCCGAAGCAGCCAGUGCCACCUGCUCCUACCAGGAGGUCCUGCCCAUUGAGGCAUCGGAAGAGGCCCCUGGGAACAGUCGCCAGCCCAAAACCCUGUGCCCUCAAGGAGCCAGCCCAGGCCUUCCUAGGUCCCCCUUUUCUUCCUCUGCUUAG